CAAACCCCAAUGCGUGCUUACUACUACGACAACAUUCCAGGCGAUCAGCGCUUGCCUCACGAUUACGUCCCCUCUCGCCCAGUCUCGGAAGAUACGCUCGACAAAAUCAACGUCAAACACUGGACGAUCCCAGUCGAGGGGUACGAGAGCAAGGUGAACGCACUUGCGCAGGAGAGAGGUUAUAAGAACAGAGACACGAUCAACGUGUCGAAAGAAGGUCUUGGCGAGGUUUAUGAGCAGAAAAUCAAGGGGUUCUUUGAAGAGCAUAUGCAUGAGGACGAAGAGAUCCGCUACAUUUUGUCGGGAAGUGGGUUCUUUGAUGUCCGUGAAACACCUACCGAUGCGUGGAUCCGCCUGGCCGUUGAGCCUGGCGACCUUAUCGUCCUUCCGGCUGGCAUUUAUCAUCGGUUCACCCUGGAUGAGGGGAAUUGUAUCAAAGCUCUCCGGCUCUUCCAGGAUGAGCCCAAGUGGGUUCCUUACAAUCGGACUGCAGACACCGACGUCAACCCACACCGGGUUAACUACCUGAAGAGCGUCGGGGUGGGUGCAUAGAGUUCAAAUAUCCCAAUGGAAAUGUACAUAUUAUGUAUGCGUAGAUGCAAGUCAAAGCUAGUCCGUUAUUGACAGGAGAUACAACUACAUGUAAAGAGCGAGACUCAGAUUCCAAUACAGACAAAUAGAAUAUGCUAGAUUUAGAGUAUCAUUGUAGAUCCAUCGUCCAGGCUAAGUCGCAAUAAAUAAAG